ACCGAUCAUUAAGUGUUUAAAUCCAUCGCGAGUUGGUUGUGUCGGGUUACCUCGGAGGGGUAACGCUAUUAAAAUAUCUACAAACAUUACCUUUAAUUGGACAGAAAUUUGUGCUUGUGUGUGUGUAUCUCGUUUUUUUUUAGUAUCCAACUGUCAGUGACGAUCUGCCGUUUUUUCGAAAGCUGAUGACUGUUAUCAUUCCUGUUUAGUGUGUGGUGAUAGUCAGUGAUUUCUGCGAUUUGAAAAUGACCGCCGAUUAGGACUGCGUACGCCGAUUUCGUUCGGACCGAUGGUGAUGGUGAUUAAAAAUGACAUCAGUGAGGUGAUAGCCGAAUCGCGGGCAAAUCGCGCAAAGAGCACAGACGCCACGUGCUCUAUAAUUGCGAAAUUGUUUAUGGAUCGUUAAUUAAUCUAUAAUUAUAUUUCUGUCCCGCUCCCGCUAAUUGCCGUCAAUCAUAUUUUGAUUUCGCAUUACCAAGUGGCGUUUUUAAUUCGGAUUUUCUUUGCUCUACAUAUUUUUUUAAAACUCUAAACUACUUUUAACUCCAUACAAAGCAAAAAAUCGGUUAUAAAUAAUUAGAAACACAAUAAGCACCAUAAAGAAAUUAUAAAAAUCCAAAAUAUUAUCUGUGAAUAGACAAGUGGUGAAUUUUUUAAAUUUGAAACAAUAUCUAGUGAUUUUUUUUUAAAUUGUGAUAGUGAUGCUGUGUUUCCACGUUUGAGGCCAAACAAGACCGCGCCACGAGCGGCCGGGUAGCGUUCGGAGCAGUCCAGAAAUCCCUCAAAAUUACACGAAUUCAGUCCCCAAACAGCAAACCCACCACGCUGAGUUUCUCAGAUCCCUUUGGGCCUCCUCAGUCCACGGACGGGGGGGGCCCGUCGACCCCGCAGCCCGCCAUGACCACCCAGGAGCUGGACCACCAACACCACCACCUGGGAGGUUCACAAACCCCCCACGAUAUAUCCAACUCCACGAAUUCCACCCCCACCAACGUUUCCUCGAAAUCCGCCUUCAUAGAGUUACAGCAACACGGUUACGGGCCUUUCAAAGGUGGUUACCAACAUCCCCACCAUUUCGGCAGCCCGGGGGGUCAGCAGAACCCCCACGAGGCGUCGGGGUUCCCGAGUCCUAGGUCCUUAGGUUAUCCUUUUCCUCCUAUGCACCAAAAUACGUACGGAUAUCAUAUAGGCUCCUACGCUCCUCAAUGUGCAAGUCCGCCCAAAGAUGAAAAAUGUGGUCUAUCCGACGACCCUGGGCUGCGGGUGAAUGGCAAGGGCAAGAAGAUGCGCAAGCCGCGCACCAUCUACUCCAGCUUGCAGCUGCAGCAGCUCAACAGGCGGUUCCAGAGGACACAGUAUCUAGCACUGCCGGAGCGAGCUGAGCUGGCUGCUAGCUUGGGCCUGACGCAGACGCAGGUGAAGAUCUGGUUCCAGAACAGACGCAGUAAAUACAAAAAGAUGAUGAAGGCCGCGCAAGUAGGCGCCGUACCGCCCGGCCUCGGCCUACCGCCGGGCAGUCCACCCAACAACAACCAACUUUUACAUGGUGGCGGCGGCAGUUCCAGCGGUUCCCAACAUUCGCCGUCGGGCUACGCGGGCGGGCCGGCGCAAGCCCACUCGCCCACGCCCAGCUCCACGCCCGUGUCCGAGCUGUCCCCGGGCCUGUCGCCCACGGCCACGCCGUGGGAUGUUAAGCAGCCCCCUCAGCCCUCAUGGGACGUGAAGGUUGGAUAUCCCACGGCCGGUCGGUCCCCUGAUGGCACCUCCUGUGAUGUGAAGCCUCCGCACCAGCAGUCGUGGGAUCCAAGGGUCGGAUACGGCGCGCCCCCCGGCCCUUGGGACAUGAAGGGCGCGCACGCUCACGCUCUACACCACCAGGGGGCGCCGCAGCCGCACCCCCCCUACGUGCCGCAGUACUCCUGGUACCAGGCUGAUGCCAACCCUGGCCUCUUGACUGAAAACGGCUUAGCGUUAUUUCACCGGAUGGGGCUCAGGAGUCAGUUCUUGGGAGCGAACGAACAAAAUAAUUAUGACAGCUGAAGAUUAUAUAACCCUAGAAUUUAUAAAUGUACAAAUGAUUACAACAAUUAGUAUUGUAGUCAGUUGUACUAAAAAGUUGUGACUGUUGCAAUUAUUAAUCAAAAAAACACACACCUGCCAACUUCUUGAACGUUUUUUAUAUAUACUAUUUUAAUUAAUAUAUACUUAAUGAUAUCAAACUGUAACUCUAUUGUAUUCGAUUGUUACAGUCACAAACAAUUUUUUUUUUAUUAUAUUUAAAGUUUUACCAAAUACAAUAAUGGCAUAUACAAUAUAAUGACUUUAUUAAAAUUAUUUACGGAAUGAGAAUAUUAUCUUCGUUACACUUAUAUAUAUUUCAUUAUAUAUUUCAUUCGUAAUCGUUAUUUUAAAAAUGGACGUACAAUUUUAUGUUGCCACAGAGAAAAUUUUAGUAAUUUUAAUCGAUCUUAUUUUAAAUAGCAUGUUUAGAACAUUGAUUCAGUUUAGCAGUAUUUUUAUUCAAAAUUUUAUCAUAAAUUCAAUAAAUAUUUAGUGUCAUGUUACUUAAGAGGUAACUCACUUAGUUUAUAUCCUGGAUAUUAACAUAUUACAUAUUUAUUCCAAUCGAUUUACUCUCUCCUCUAAAACUAUUAUACAGAUUCUUUUGAGAGUUCCACAUUUGAGACAUAGAAACACGCCUUAUUUUGGAUAGAGACGCAUGGUUUAGUAUUACAAAAAACAAUGUAGAUGAGUUUAUGAGUGUCGCUACUACUCUAUACAUAAAUUUAAAUUUGAAUAAUAUUUUGAAAUUACGUCCUUUCUGAAUUGGUCUGGCUAUGUGUCAAAAUCAUUAAUAACAGAAAAUUCUUUGUUAACAGGGUCUGGCCGGCCGUGUAACGACCAUCGGAACAAUCAAAAUGACACACACGCUAAAAAUAUAAUAAUUUGCAAGUAUAAUUCACUUAAAACUUAUAAAACACACAAAAUGGCGUACCUAAUUCCUAAACGAAAGGACGCCACAACCAAGAUUAUUGUUAAGAAUGUUAUUUAAUAGUUAUAAAAAAUAAUUGUACAUUUUUUGUAUUAACAAUAAACUAUAAAUAAAUAGAUGUAUAAUGUUUUUAAUGUAAUUGUAAAUUUUCAUGAGGAUAAGUAUUAAAAGAAAUAUACAAUUCAAAAGUUCCAGUGCCCAUGUUGGUCAGACUUAUUAAAAUUAUAUUUUUUUUGUCACAAAAUUGUAUAAUUUUUUGGUGUCAAAGUUGUGUAUGCCAUUACACCCAGUUUAGAAAUAGAUAAAUCAAAAAUGCGUAUGCAAUUUUGACUGAUGUAUAUAACAAUAUUACAUGUGAAAGGUGGUUGUAUCCUAUUUUAUUUUGUAUUUUUAAAUUCCCGUUAUUGUAAAUAGGUUAAAAAUUAAUGAAAUACUAUGCUGUAAAUUUCUGUAUUUGUGAAUAACUGUUUAAUUGUGCAAUAAAUUCAUGUAAUUUUAAUGAACCCUUCUUCAUAGGUGAAAAUUCUUCAUGAUAUAUAUACUUAUAUUAUAUAUUUGUGAAUUUAACCAGAAUUAAUGUAACGUACUGCAAGUAACGUGGCCACGGUAUAAAACGUGAGUUUUCUAAACCGCAGUAAAAUUUUAAAUAUUAACAAAACCCCUGGAGUAUUACGAUUAUUUCUAAGGCUAUUUCUAUUUCUUAUUUUUAUGUUUGUCAUUUUUAUAGCCGUCAAUAAAAUCAUAUGCGAUUAUUAUUACAGCAUUAAAAAUAAUCGUCAACCGAUACUUUUUUUUCAAAGUAACUUUGACAAAAAAAAACGUUUUUUUCUAGCAGCAAUUGUGUUCAACCCCAAUACCACAUAAUAUUUAAAUAUAAAAUAAGAAUACAAAACCUUUAAUGUUGUAGGUACUAGAAAGUAUUAAACAUUUUUUUUUUCAAAAUUACUUCGAAAAGCAAAGUUGGUAAAAUUUAAUUGUAAUCUUUUUUUAUUUUGCCCAUUUAACUAACAUUAAUUUAAUUGUGUUCUGUAUUAAUAAUAACCUCACCUGAAAUGAAGUUAUGGUGCUGAUUUAUAUAACAAUUUAACAAAGUUGUGUUUUAAUAAUAAAAACACAAUUUUUGUGUGUUAUUAUUUAACACAUGAAAUAAACCAGUGAUUUUACGAGUUCUUUGGAAUUAAUGAUGGCUGACAGUAUUCUAUCAUUUCUUUAUGAAAUUAUAUUUUUUUUAAACUAAGCUUUAAAACAUGAUUGUGUUUAUUUAUUUAAAUUUAAUCAAUAAAUCAAACGGGAACACAAACCAGUCUGUUGUGAUACAUAAUUUUAAGAUUAUUUUUUGUAGACAAAAUAUAAUUUGUUUUUUUCUUUGGUUAACUAUUAACAAAAUGUGUAUUUAUUACAUAAUGUUUGUGCAAAAAUUGUGUUCUGAAUGCAAAAUCUAUAUUAAGCUAUUUUUAUUUCUAAUGCAAACUGAAUUUAUAUUUUGUAAAUACUGUAGUUUAUUUUGAGAUAACACAUCACAUAAUAUAAAAAUAUAAUCAUUAAAAUAAAGUUUUUUUAAUACAAAAUAUUUGUGGAAAAAUUACAAUAUACUCGUAUUAUUAAAUUUAAAAUUCUAAAGGAAAAUUAAUGAUUUUUUUUGUCUAUUUUAUUGAAUAUUUAGUAACGCAUAAUAUAAUUGUUAUGUGUACAACCAAAUAGCAAAGUCAGUAUAAAAUUUCCAGAAUAAAGUAAUUAUUUGAAACAUUUAUCAUUUUUGGUUGUUUUCUAAUAAUUUGAAAAUGUAGUGUGUAAAUCUAGGAAAAUCUUGAUGCAUAAAUUGAAAAUCAUUUUCAGAUUAUUAUUAAAAUAUUCUUAUAAUUAUGUUGUACUCGAGAUAACUAAGGUGUUAUUCUAGUAAAUAUAAAGGUGUUUUAUUGCUUUUAAAUUGUCUCCAAAUAGACUACAGUAUAUAAAGAAAAGGUGUUACGGGGUGUUUUUUUGUAAAUAUGUUUUGUAAUAUAUAGAGAGUAUAAAAUAUACAUAUAAAUAUAGUUUAGAUAGUAUAAUUACUUUAUAACUACAAUGUAUUAUAAGGAAAAUGGAAAUGAGAAAAAAGUGAAUUAAUUUCUUUGUCAAAUAAAAAUUGAAAAAGAUUUUC